UUUUAAUGUCUUCACAAAUUGUACGAAUUUUUUUAAAUAGCUUUCGAAAGACGGGCUAUAGAAGCAACCGCGGAGGUUCAGGCACAGUUAAACUGUCCCGUAAGUUUUCAUCCCGGGAGAAAUCGUGUCGCACCUUCUGAAAUAAUGAGGAUUUAUCAGGAAGCUGGAGGACAGGCAAGAAAAGCGAUUAUGUCGCACCUUGAUCGAACUUUACUCUCCCUGGAAGAACUUUUAGAGUUCGCCGAUGAUGCGAAGUGCUACUGUCAGUUCGAUUUGUUCGGUAUUGAAUGCUCGUUCUAUCAGUUGAAUCCAUUCGUGGACAUGAUAUCCGAUGCGCAGCGUAUCGAUCGCUUGAAACAUUUUCAAAAUAACCAGAAGUUGGAUCGCGUACUCUUGAGUCACGACAUUCAUACCAAACACAGAUUGAUAAAAUUUGGCGGGCAUGGAUAUUCUCAUAUUUUGAACAAUGUCGUACCGAAAAUGAUGCUGAAAGGCUUCACAUCUGAGGAUAUUGAUACGUUGACUAUUCGCAAUCCAAGGACUUGGUUAACAUCUUAAUCGUCACGUUACGAAGAUACAUGAAAACGGACGUCUAUAAAAUUAAAACGACACAUUUGUACUGAUUGAAAAUAAUUUUUCACAAAAUAAAUUAUCCAUUCUAAAA